CUCGCUUUCGACGUUGAGAACGAUUGGAAUAACGGAUUUCUCUAAUUCAUGCGUGUAUGUGUAUCGAUCUUCAUGUGAAGUAGAGCGUCGAUAGUGUGUGUUUGUGUAUUCUACAACUCACUGUAGUUGCUGCUGUACCCACCCGCCAAUGAAGGAUUAUGAUGGAAGAUGAAACUCGGCCGCGUCCCGAGUCGCCAUUUGUGUGUAUUUCUUUUCUCCGUUGUAGUGGGUCUCGCCAGCUCCUGAAACGAAUAAAACAAAGUCGACAACAGAAACAGAUGAAAAUUUAUGAGCUGUUGUCCCCAUUUAGUACUUUUUAUGACAAAUCCUUACAAAUUAUCUUGCACCAUCUGAUUCUUUCUUCACCAGGAGGUAGAAGCUGCCUCGUUUCGUAGUUAUUAUGUACGCUGAACAGCUUUGUUAUUGUGGUAAUGUUCCCAAUAGCAAGUUUAACAAUGUAUGAUGCCACUCAUUGAGAACGAAGAUAUGGGAAUGUCGUUCCUAACUCAGAAGGUAAAGGGGGAACGACAUUCCCCUAUGUAUCGACAUUCUCAAUGAGUGGAAGCAUUCCAACAAACUCGUCCUCGAGAGUCAAUGUUUACUACAACUAGCAGAAGUCAGACUUGUUUACUAAUCCAUACUAGGUACUACCAGGUACUAUGUCGUUUUGACUCCUUUCGCUCUCUCGUCAAAGAACAUUUCCUUGCACAGAUCUGAUGAACAUAGAUAAUGAACAAUUUCAAUUGAGGCAGCACCAGCUAGCAUCUCAUUUCGUCCGUAGGUUUAAGAAUAUCGCACAUCGACAUCUUCGAGAAGUUAGUUGUAUGUAGUUGAUAGGCUCUAGGCCUUGUUAGUCCGUAGGUUGUAAGUCGCAUGUCUUUCUCAUGAUUUUUCUUAUCGCGUUAUAGUUUUCUAGUCGAUGAAGAAGGUUAGUAAAAGCAUGUCUAUUUGAUGUCGAAAACCUACAACAUCAUUUAUUACGAAUGUCUAAGUAUAAUGAGUAUAUUGACUUUGACGUUUCGUGGACCCAGCAUCCUAACAUUAUUGCUAAAUUCCGUAGUUGCCUCUUCCUCCUCGCAUGUGAGCGAUGGGUGGCCAUCAAAAGUUAUCUUGUCAGUCUAUGAAAUUUCUUUCGCUAGGACCACAGUUGAUGUCUAGAAAAGCUAUCUUGUUCACGAAUGAUUUCCAUUAUUAUUUUCAACGACAUUAACAAACAAUAACAUGAAGAUUCAAGAACAUCAAUAUCAACAUGAUCGCCUCCAAUUUCUUGUUCAAUUUAUUACUUUAUGCACACGCCAACGGCAUUAACCGUGGCAACCUCAACAUUUUUUCUAGAAUGAUAGAACCAUAUCCUGAUCGAGCAUGAUUUAGGAAACCACCCUUCACGACGUCCACGAAGGAGGUUGUCGUGUCAACAUGGCACCGUGCUAUGUAGUGGAA